GCGUGUGGUUCAAUGCCAAAGUCUAGCAGGCCAUUCUGCGGUUUCUUUUUUUCAAAGAUAAUCAUAGCAACUUCAAUUUAAAAAAAAAACAUUGAGUGCUACGAUAUAUUUUAAAAACUUGGCUACACAACGUUUUGUCUACAACUUGAAAGCUUUGUCUGGCGUUAUUACAAUGACGACUCAUCGAAAUGCAGCAUUAGACCCGCGUCACUUCGUAAUAAUCAAACCGCUUCCGAUUCUUAAACCGACGGGAGAAAUGCUCCAGGCCCGGAGCAGAACGUUGUGGUCCGCCUGUCAGUCGACCAGGGAACAGGUGUUCUGGGAUAACUAUCACCGACGACAGUGGCAGCUGAGCCGGCAGGGCUAUAGAGCAGCCCCCUGGAGACCCUAUGAGGAGGUUGGACAACCGCUCUACCUUGAAACCAAGAGACUCAUACUAGAAUCACUGGGACAACCUGUGGAAGAGGCUUCAAAGGCUGAUCCCUUAGCAGAAGAGGAUGUGCCUGUUAGCACCACCCCAUCAGAUUCCCCAGGAGCAAACAAGAGCUUACCAUUUCGUUGCCCCCAGGCUGGGAAGAGAGAGGAUGCAGUAUCUCUUAAGAAGCAUCUGGGACAUACCAGCCGCUUGGUGUCCGCGGUCAGACAGGGCCGGGGUUACUUCCACCUCCUCCAGAAGAAGGAGCAGGAACACGAGGAGGCGCAGCAGAGGGAGCAGAAGAGGAGAGAGGAGUGGCAGCGUGUCCAGCCCCGACCUCCCUGCUCGGAGUCUGACUCUGACAGCGACCCAGGGAGGAAGAAGGCCCAGUCAGCUCGACCUUUCACCCCCAUCCACCGCUCCCUGACUUCCCCUCAGGCCUCUGAGCCACCACAAGGGCCCAUUUUCCGCCAGCUGUGCUGUCUGAACUGGUUGCUGGAGGCCCUGACUCUGGACAGGACUGGGAGAGCUGGACCAGUCACGUCCUGCUGGGAUCUCAAGGACCCUGGCCAAGGAAAAACCACCAUAAAGACCCUGAAUAAAGAGAGAGCCAUUGAGACCAAAUGGGACCAGUUUGUGUCUCUGCAAAAGCCACGUAGAACAGGCUCCAGGCCCUCCCGCUCCUCCUCUGGUCGUCUGUACCUGUUGAAGGGGUCCUCCCUGAGCGUAGCCUCCUCCUCAGCUCUCACCACCCCUACCCUUCUGGGCAGCCUGUCCUCCCUGGGCCCUGGCAUAGAAGACACUGGAGCUACAUUAACUGGAGCUAUAGUGACUGCCACUGGAACCAGCCAGGAUAGUGCGGAGCAACCAGGAGCAGGAGGGGACUCCGAGACAGAGCUGCCCAUGUCAGAGUACCUUCAGAAGCUGCUGGAUGCAGUCCACCAGAGUGUCACCAAAGACUUCAGUGGUCCAGAGCAGAUUCAUGGCGACGGCACUUUGGCUGUCGGAUACCGGCCACCUACCCAACCCACCCCUCAGAGAGGGGACAACACAACACGCCCCAAGACCAAAGACACACCAAGACCCAAAAGUUGUCCUGCCAAUCCUCUGUCAGCCACCAGUGAGUUGAUCAGCAGUAAGAGGUCCAUGCUGUGGGAUAUGAGGACAGCCUAUGAGGAGAGAGCAGAGGAGCUGGCCCAGAGCUUCAGUGACAUUCUGGACCACAAUGCCAGGAAGAGGCUGGAGAGUGGCAUCCAGAGAUUCCAGGCCCUGUGUCAUGUGACCCACUCUCACCUCAUCCCUCGUCAUGUGACCCCACGGGUCACCGGCAUGAAACCCCCAGAGACAGACUGCGGCAACAACAACAUGUGGCUGUCCUCUCUACUGAGAAGUCUCCCUCCAGAGGUGUCUCAGGACAGAGGGGUGAGCCGAGUUCUAGAGAAACUCAGCCGCUUCGCAGAUGAGCGGACCCCCAAGGUGCGACCCCAUGUCUUCCUGAAGAUGUUGGGGGGUCUACAGCCCUGGGAGCUCUGUCUACCUGACCUCUGUGUUGCCAUUGAGAUAGCCAGAGAGCAUGUUGUCCAGAUGUCCAGAGAGGACUAUGACUCGUGGCUCCUCUCCAGGGUCACUCUUCCACAGCAGCAGGACCACUAACCCAAACGCAUAUGAGGUGUACACAUUUUUACUAAUACCAGGAAAAUGUGACGACCACAGGGGAAUGACCCCCCCCC